CGGUUGACGUAUGCAUACUAAUGAUGAAUAACGCACUCCUAUUUAAGUGGCUUGUGGUAGCUUAUUUAAAGGAAAUGAUUAUUUAUUUUAUUAUUAACUAGAAACGAGCUUGGAUUAACAACAUCAAACCCGGAGUGUGCAUCAUGUCUUCACAAACGGGAUACCAACUUAUUUUAUGCGUGAUAUGUGGCCUGCUCACGAGCCUUAGUCAAGGCCAACCGGCUAUGUCAUGCACUACAUGUCCAGUUGGCUACACGUGCUCCAUGGUGAGACAUGGGACCGGCCGCCCGCAGCCAGGCUGCAUCACUAUGCAGGAGGCCAUUAUGCUAAACCAGGCAAUGCAAGGUGGUCCGUCUGGCCCCGGAACUGGUAUAUCGGUGCCAUCUACGCUCGGCGCCCCACAAAACACCAUGCCCGGUAUGGAGUGGGGUUCUAAUGCUCCAGGUGGCCAGGGAAGUGGCUUUGGCCAGCGGUUUAACCAAGGAAUAAUUGGAACCCCAGCUACAAUGUUCAACCCACAAGCUCCUAAUUCGUUGGCGUUUGGAGGAGCAAGCCAACCUGGUAUGCAGCUUAGAGGAACAGGCCAGACUGGGAUGCCAUUUGGAGCACCUCCUGGUCAAUUCUCCGGACAAACAGGUUUCGGCGGCUCGCCUGGAGGCUUCCCUCAAGGAGGUCCGAUGGUUGGAGGAUUUGGAGCUCCGCCAGGAUUUAUUGACCCAACAACUGGGCAAGGAUUUGACCAAGGACCUUUCCGUCGGGUAAAUGAUCAAAGCACGGGUACUAACCAUUUGCAUGAUCGUAGUGGUUCGGGCACCUCAGGGGUUGACGUGGGAUCAGGAUUUUCAGGCCAAGAUCAACAAAUACAAGGUGAAGUAUCCACAAUACAGGAAGACACCUAUGGCUACUAUUACAUGUUCUAUCCUGUGUCCGGUCAAUCUGGGAUACGAGUGAAUAUAACAAAGGGUGGAUUUUGCAGUCGGGGCUCACUGCCUACAAGUCCGCGUUGUGCAUAUAACUGUUAUUCUGACAUGCAGUGCCCCGGGGAUGAAAAGUGUUGCCCUAGCGGCUGCUCCCUGGGUUGUGCUUUAGCAACAAAUCCCACAGAACAGCCAACGCCGGCCCCUGUCGGUCCAGCGACCGGACUUGUGCCACAGGAAGGUGGCAUGCAAGCAUGUGUGUGGACGCUAUGGUGUCCCGGCCGUAUGGUCUGUAUACGAACCUGGUCCUCCUUCCGCGAUAGAUACAUUGAGCGUUGUAUUUCGGGCAUGCAAAUUAUGGGGAUGUUACGAUUUCCGCGACGGCAAAGACAGCCUCAAGCAUUUCGGGAUACCAGGCAACCCUGGCCGAGACAAACUGACCGUUCUUUCUUGGACAACACGCCUGAGUUAGGUAGGAGCAGUACAAGGACAUUUGAUACAUUUAAUGGAGACCCUAAUCCGGGUCAAACCACCUUUGAUUCAACUAGACUAGCUGAGAUACGUUCUACAAACAGACUGCAAAGCAAUACAUCUCCUAUAGACGAAUCGCUUGAAGCGUCAAUUAAUGUGGACGGCAAUGUUAAGCCACCACAAACAGGUAUCAUCAUGUCGCGGACCCGAGCGCCAUCAAGGAGAACAGACCUAGGUAAUAGCAGAGACGCGCAGAGAAAUGUUGUGUCGAGAGGCCAUGAUGCUGAACAACGUAAUCUACCAGCACAGCAAACGGACACAACACGCAACCUGGAAGCAACUGAUACCAUUUUGAAUGAUUUAUACGCUGACGGCCAAGGCAUUUUAGGUAAUGGCUUUGAUACAUCAGUGGCGGACACUGGUGGGUUCAAUUCGCCAAUAGCAAGUACGCCGCCUGGCAGUUUGUUAGAACGUAUUGAACAUCCUAGGUCAGCCCCCUCUGGACCAUCUGCGGCCCAAGUAAGUAACCCUGGGGCGUGCAUUACCUGCUCGAGCCAUGCUGACUGCAAACAAAACAUAUUCUCCUACUGCAUCGAUAAACCGGAAUGCGGAGGAAAGGUGUGUCACAUUAUAGCGCCGGGCGACCAAGUAUAAUGAACGCAAUCUGAACUAUGUCUCUACGUGGCUGAAUUGUUAACCAUUUAAAACUGUAAAAUACUCUUAAAUGCUUUAUAGGUCGAGUUCUUUUCCAUUUUGUCGUUCAAUUAUUUUAUGCAAAACACAUUCUACCAGCUAUAAACCAUUCUAUCAAUC